CCUGGGGGAGGACAGUGAGCAGGCCUCAGCCUGGGGAGGGCAUGGAGCAGCGGGGAUCUCAGCGAGUGGGGAGCGAGCAGACCUGGUGGGGCAGUGCCCCCCAAUACCAGUACAUGCCCUUCGAGCACUGCACCAGCUACGGCCUGCCCUCUGAAAGUGGGGGCCUGCAGCACAGGCUCAGGAGGGACGCCAGCCCCCAUCCCAACGCCCACCCCACGCAGAUCUAUGGCCACCACAAAGGACAUUUCUCAGAGAAGGAGCUGGACGUGGGGGGGCCUCAGUGGACAGGCUCCAGUACCACAGUGGACAGCAAGGACGAGGACCACUACUCCAAGUGCCAGGAUUGUUUCCACAGCCUGGGCCAUGUCGUGAGAAGGAAGCUGGGGGAAGACUGGAUUUUCCUGGUGCUGCUGGGCCUGCUCAUGGCUCUGGUCAGCUGGAGCAUGGACUAUGUCAGCGCCAAAAGCCUGCAGGCCUACAAGUGGACCUACUACCAAAUGCAGCCCAGCCUCCCUCUGCAGUUCCUGGCCUGGGUCACCUUCCCGCUGGUCCUCAUCCUCUUCAGUGCCCUCUUCUGCCAUCUCAUCUCCCCCCAGGCUGUUGGCUCUGGGAUUCCUGAGAUGAAGACCAUUCUCCGCGGGGUCGUCCUGAAGGAGUACCUGACCAUCAAGGCCUUUGUGGCCAAGGUGGUGGCACUGACCGCUGGGCUGGGCAGCGGCAUCCCCGUGGGCAAAGAGGGCCCCUUUGUGCACAUUGCCAGCAUCUGUGCCGCUGUCCUCAGCAAGUUCAUGUCCGUGUUCUGCGGGGUGUAUGAGCAGCCGUACUAUUACACAGACAUCCUGACUGUCGGCUGUGCGGUAGGAGUCGGCUGUUGUUUUGGGACCCCACUUGGAGGGGUGCUGUUCAGCAUCGAGGUCACCUCCACCUACUUUGCCGUGCGGAACUACUGGCGAGGGUUCUUUGCAGCCACCUUUAGCGCCUUUGUCUUCCGCGUGCUGGCCGUGUGGAACAAGGACGCCAUCACCAUCACCGCGCUUUUCAGAACCAAUUUCCGCAUGGACUUCCCCUUCGACCUGCAGGAGCUCCCGGCCUUUGCCGUCAUUGGGUGUGUGGUUGCUACUGGGGAGGGGACAAGUAUGCAUGGCAGGCGGGUGGGGACAGGCCAAGUGGGGAUAGGGCAGGUGGGGGAAAGGGCAGGUGGGGACAGGGCAGGUAGUGACAGGGCAGGUGGGGGACAGGGCAGAUAUCUGCCAGCAUUUGCUUGCCUGCAGUGGCUAGGUGGGAGGGGCCCUGCUCUGGGACCAGGCUCCACCCUGUGCCUUGCCCCUAGGAUCUGCUGCGGGUUCCUGGGAGCCGUGUUCGUGUACCUGCACCGCCAGGUCAUGCUUGGGGUCCGCAAGAACAAGAUCCUGAGCCAGUUUCUGGCCAAGCACCGCCUGCUGUACCCUGGGAUCGUCACCCUUGUCAUCGCCUCGUUCACUUUUCCCCCAGGCAUUGGCCAGUUCAUGGCUGGAGAGCUGAUGCCUCGGGAAGCCAUCAGUACCCUGUUUGACAACAAUACGUGGGUCAAGCACACUGGGGAUCCAGAGAGCCUGGGCCAGUCUGCGGUGUGGAUCCACCCGAGGGUCAACGUGGUUAUCAUCAUCCUCCUCUUCUUCAUCAUGAAGUUCUGGAUGUCCAUCGUGGCAACCACGAUGCCCAUACCCUGUGGAGGCUUCAUGCCUGUGUUUGUGCUGGGAGCUGCCUUUGGAAGGCUGGUAGGGGAGUUGAUGGCCAUGCUGUUUCCUGAGGGCAUCUUAUUUGAUGACGUCGUCUACAAGAUCCUUCCUGGGGGCUAUGCAGUGAUUGGGGCAGCCGCGCUGACAGGUGCUGUGUCCCACACCGUCUCCACGGCUGUGAUCUGCUUUGAACUGACGGGUCAGAUUGCUCACAUCCUGCCCAUGAUGGUGGCCGUUAUCUUGGCCAACAUGGUGGCACAGAGCCUGCAGCCGUCCCUCUACGACAGCAUCAUCCAGGUCAAGAAGCUGCCCUACCUGCCAGACCUGGGUUGGAACCAGCUCAGCAAAUUUACAAUCUUUGUUGAGGACAUCAUGGUGCGUGACGUGAAGUUUGUUUCAGCUUCUUGUACUUACGGCGAGUUACAAAACCUGCUCCAGACAACCACAGUUAAGACUUUACCACUGGUUGACUCAAAAGAGUCCAUGAUCCUGCUGGGCUCUGUGGAGCGGUCAGAGCUGCAGGCCCUGCUGCAGCGGCACCUGAGCGCUGAGCGGCGUCUUCGGGCUGCCCAGGACAUGGCCCGGAAGCUGUCGGAGCUGCCCUAUGACGGGAAGGCCGCCCUGGGGGGGCGCCCCGCGUCUUUUGCCUUCGUGGAUGAGGAUGAAGACGAGGACCUGCCUGGGAGGACGGAAUCACCGCCUCCUCCCACCUUCCCUGUGGCCCCGCUGUAUGCUGAGGAGCCCAACGGGCCCCUGCCCAGCCACAAACAGCAGCCAGAGGACUCAGAGCCUGCAGAGAGAAGGCCGUCCAUCUUCCGAUCCUUGCUGCGCUGCCUGCUGGGCCGCACCCACCCUGCCAAGAAGAAGGCCAUCCAGGACUCAGCAGACUUGGUGGAUAACAUGUCCCCUGAAGAGGUGGCAGCCUGGGAGCAGGAGCAGCUGGGCCAGCCUGUGUGCUUCGACUGCUGCUGCAUCGACCAGUCCCCGUUCCAGCUGGUGGAGCAGACUACCUUGCACAAGACCCACACGCUCUUCUCGCUCCUGGGCCUGCACCUCGCCUACGUGACCAGCAUGGGCAAGCUCCGGGGCGUGCUGGCAUUGGAGGAGCUCCAGAAGGCCAUCAAGGGCCACACCAAGUCUGGGGUGCAGCUUCGCCCCCCUCUUGCCAGCUUCCGGAACACAACCUCAAUUCAAAAGACAGCCGGAGGGCCGCCCCCACCUCCAGAGGGCUGGAGCCUGCCUGAUAGCGGACCUGGUGUCCUCGGGGCCACGAAUCCUCUCCCCCCAGAGUCGCCCAUGCCUUCGCCCUCCCCAGAGGCCCCUCCCGGCCCUGCCCUGAGAGGUGAGGGGGAGCUGGAGGAGCUGGAGCUGGAGGAGGGCCCGGGGCCCGAGGAGGGGCUGACCGACAUCCUGCAGGGGCCCAGCCUGCGAUCUACGGACGUGGAGGAUGAAGAUGAGCUGACACUCUGAGCGCCAAGGGCCCAGGCAGGGGUAUCGCUGGGGGGAGGGCAUCCCUUACCCUGGCUCCUCAGGGAGCUGUAAGGGGGGUAGUGCUAGUCUUGGGGGGCACAGAACUGGGCCGUGGCACCCGUCAUCGCUUGGCCUUUAUCCCCUCGCAAACCGACGGGGUCCUGCCCCCAGCAAAAGGACCCCACCCUCCACAGGGCUUCCUGAGGCUUCUGCCGCCUCCCCGACAC